CGCCAAAGGACUGUUUGGAAAGCCGGGCAGCAGGACGCCCUGCUGGCAGCUUUCGCGGAGAACCCUUACCCAAGUUUCAGGGCCAGGCAGGACCUGGCCAGGGAACUGGGGCUGCCUGAGUCCCGCAUCCGCGUGUGGUUCCAGAACCGCCGAAAUCGCACCAGGGAGGGGCGGGGCCUCCAAGGCCCCGAGGGGUCGGCGGGACCAAGCGGGCUAGCGUCCCCUCAGCAACGACCCAAAGGGCCUGGUGCCAGGGCACGAGGUGGAAGAAGCAGACCCGCAGAGCGACGCACCAGGCGUCGCACUCGACUCAGCCCGGCACAGUUGAGGAUCCUGCUCCAGGCAUAUGAGGACGAAGCAAGCCCGAAAUAUGGUGCCAUGGUGAAGCUCGCCCAAGAGACCGGUUUGCCUGAGGACACCAUCUCCAUCUGGUUCCAAAACCGGAGACGCCAAAGGACUGUUUGGAAAGCCGGGCAGCAGGACGCCCUGCUGGCAGCUUUCGCGGAGAACCCUUACCCAAGUUUCAGGGCCAGGCAGGACCUGGCCAGGGAACUGGGGCUGCCUGAGUCCCGCAUCCGCGUGUGGUUCCAGAACCGCCGAAAUCGCACCAGGGAGGGGCGGGGCCUCCAAGGCCCCGAGGGGUCGGCGGGACCAAGCGGGCUAGCGUCCCCUCAGCAACGACCCAAAGGGCCUGGUGCCAGGGCACGAGGUGGAAGAAGCAGACCCGCAGAGCGACGCACCAGGCGUCGCACUCGACUCAGCCCGGCACAGUUGAGGAUCCUGCUCCAGGCAUAUGAGGACGAAGCAAGCCCGAAAUAUGGUGCCAUGGUGAAGCUCGCCCAAGAGACCGGUUUGCCUGAGGACACCAUCUCCAUCUGGUUCCCAAACCGGAGACGCCAAAGGACUGUUUGGAAAGCCGGGCAGCAGGACGCCCUGCUGGCAGCUUUCGCGGAGAACCCUUACCCAAGUUUCAGGGCCAGGCAGGACCUGGCCAGGGAACUGGGGCUGCCUGAGUCCCGCAUCCGCGUGUGGUUCCAGAACCGCCGAAAUCGCACCAGGGAGGGGCGGGGCCUCCAAGGCCCCGAGGGGUCGGCGGGACCAAGCGGGCUAGCGUCCCCUCAGCAACGACCCAAAGGGCCUGGUGCCAGGGCACGAGGUGGAAGAAGCAGACCCGCAGAGCGACGCACCAGGCGUCGCACUCGACUCAGCCCGGCACAGUUGAGGAUCCUGCUCCAGGCAUAUGAGGACGAAGCAAGCCCGAAAUAUGGUGCCAUGGUGAAGCUCGCCCAAGAGACCGGUUUGCCUGAGGACACCAUCUCCAUCUGGUUCCCAAACCGGAGACGCCAAAGGACUGUUUGGAAAGCCGGGCAGCAGGACGCCCUGCUGGCAGCUUUCGCGGAGAACCCUUACCCAAGUUUCAGGGCCAGGCAGGACCUGGCCAGGGAACUGGGGCUGCCUGAGUCCCGCAUCCGCGUGUGGUUCCAGAACCGCCGAAAUCGCACCAGGGAGGGGCGGGGCCUCCAAGGCCCCGAGGGGUCGGCGGGACCAAGCGGGCUAGCGUCCCCUCAGCAACGACCCAAAGGGCCUGGUGCCAGGGCACGAGGUGGAAGAAGCAGACCCGCAGAGCGACGCACCAGGCGUCGCACUCGACUCAGCCCGGCACAGUUGAGGAUCCUGCUCCAGGCAUAUGAGGACAAAGCAAGCCCGAAAUAUGGUGCCAUGGUGAAGCUCGCCCAAGAGACCGGUUUGCCUGAGGACACCAUCUCCAUCUGGUUCCCAAACCGGAGACGCCAAAGGACUGUUUGGAAAGCCGGGCAGCAGGACGCCCUGCUGGCAGCUUUCGCGGAGAACCCUUACCCAAGUUUCAGGGCCAGGCAGGACCUGGCCAGGGAACUGGGGCUGCCUGAGUCCCGCAUCCGCGUGUGGUUCCAGAACCGCCGAAAUCGCACCAGGGAGGGGCGGGGCCUCCAAGGCCCCGAGGGGUCGGCGGGACCAAGCGGGCUAGCGUCCCCUCAGCAACGACCCAAAGGGCCUGGUGCCAGGGCACGAGGUGGAAGAAGCAGACCCGCAGAGCGACGCACCAGGCGUCGCACUCGACUCAGCCCGGCACAGUUGAGGAUCCUGCUCCAGGCAUAUGAGGACAAAGCAAGCCCGAAAUAUGGUGCCAUGGUGAAGCUCGCCCAAGAGACCGGUUUGCCUGAGGACACCAUCUCCAUCUGGUUCCAAAACCGGAGACGCCAAAGGACUGUUUGGAAAGCCGGGCAGCAGGACGCCCUGCUGGCAGCUUUCGCGGAGAACCCUUACCCAAGUUUCAGGGCCAGGCAGGAUCUCGCCAGGGAACUGGGGCUGCCUGAGUCCUGCAUCCGCGUGUGGUUCCAGAACCGCUGAAAUCGCACCAGGGAGGUGCGAGGCCUCCAAGGCCCCGAGGGGUCGGCGGGACCAAGCGGGCUAGCGUCCCCUCAGCAGCGACCCAAAGGCCGUGCCAGGGCACGAGGUGGAAGAAGCAGACCCGCGGAGCAACGCACCAGGCGUCGCACUCGACUCAGCCCGGCACAGUUGAGGAUCCUGCUCCAGGCAUAUGAGGACGAAGCAAGCCCGAAAUAUGGUGCCAUGGUGAAGCUCGCCCAAGAGACCGGUUUGUCUGAAGACACCAUCUCCAUCUGGCUCCAAAACCGGAGAACUCAGCUCUGA